AUGAUAAUGAAGACUUAUCAAGCACAAAGUAAGGAUAGGCUGGAGGUAGAUAAAAUCAAGAUUGAGAUAAUUAAAGAUCUACCUCUUCCCAUCAACCUAAAACAACUUAGGGGCUUUCUUGGCCACACAGAUUUCUAAAGGAGGUUCAUUCAAGAUUUUGCAAAAAUUUCUAGACCUCUCACUAACCUUCUUUCUAAAGAUGUUGAUUUUAUUUUAGAUGAUAGUGCUAAAACUGAAUUUCAAGAAAGAAAAUAAGCACUCAUAUAUGCACCUAUUCUUCAAGCUCUAGAAUGGAGUUUACCUUUUGAAAUAAUGUGUAAUGCUUUAGAUUUUGCAGUGGGAGCAAUUUUGGGGCAAAAGAAGGAUAAGAAGCCCUUGGCCAUUUACUAUGCUGGUAAAAUCUUGAUUGAUGCUCAACUUAAUUAUUCUAUUACUGAAAAGGAGUUACUAGCUGUUGUCUUUAGUUUAAAUAAAUUUAGGUCUUAUUUACUUGGAAGUAAAGUAGUUAUUUAUUCUGAUCAUGUUGCUUUGAAGCAUUUACUUAAUAAGAAAGAAGUUAACUUGAGGCUAAUUAAAUGGAUUUUACUUUUACACGAGUUUGAUAUAGAGAUCAAAGACAAGAAAGGUUGUGAGAAUGUAGUUGCUGAUCAUCUUUCUAGGAUUAAUGUAGUAGAUUCUUCACCUAUUUAUGAUUCAUUUCCUAAUGAACAUUUAUUGAAUAUUUAGGAGAAGAAAUUACCUUGGUUUGCACAUUAUGUUAACUAUCUUGUUUUAGGAAUAGUUCCAAAGGAGUGGGGCAAUAAUAAGAGGAGGAAAUUCCUCAAGGAUAUUCGAUUUUAUUUUUAGGAUGAACCUGCUUUAUUUUACCAAGGUGCUGAUCUUAUCCUCAGGAGAUGUGUACCAAAAGAAGAACAUAAAUAGGUGUUAUAAUGCUACCAUUCAAAACCAGGUGGAGGACAUUUUUUUUCAAAAAUCAUGACACACAAGGUAUUAGAAAGUGCAUUUUAUUGGCCUACAUUAUUUAGAGAUGCCCAUGACUUUUAUCUUAAAUGUUUACCUUGUCAAUUAGCCUUAAGUAUUGAUAAAAGAGAUCAUAUGUCCCUCAAACAUAUUAUCGAAGUUGAAAUUUUGAUCUAUGGGGAAUUGAUUUUAUGGGUCCAUUUUCUAAUUCAGAUGGGAAUGAAUAUAUUCUUAUGGGAGUGGACUAUGUUUUUAGAUGGGUAGAGUCUAUAGCUACUAGGACAUGUGAUAGUAAAGUAGUUGUGAAAUUUACUGAAAAAUUUAUUUUUACUAGAUAUGGAUGUCCUAGAGCUAUUAUUAGUAAUGGAGACUCACAUUUUUUUAACUCUAGAUUUAGACAUUUUUUGAAAAAGUAUGAUGUGAAGCACAUGAUCACUACUCCUUAUCAUCCACAAGCCAAUGGGCAAAUUGAUGAUGACUUGUGAAAACUAUAUGUUAAUCUAUUAUCAAAUCAGGGAGAAUAAUAUAUAUUUGAGAAAGAUUUCACAAGUUAUCAUGUUAAUUAUUUUAUUUGUUAUUUAAAUAAACCUCUCUAAAUCUUAAUUUAAAUUGAUAUUUUAUGAAUAAAAAGAAACCUGAUGAUAAUUUAUUUCAUAUAUUGAGGCUUAAUUCUUAUUUAUUUUAUUUUUAAAUGAAAUUUUAAUGUGCUAGAUUUUUAUGAUUAAUUGAAAUAUAUUUUAUGCAAAUUUUCUAAAAUUUUUAGGUAUAAAAUAAAUAUAAUAUGAGGCCAUCAUUAUUAUAUAUGAUAAUACUCGCAUAAUAUUUUUGAUAUGAGACUAAAUGUAUCUUGUUAUUCUUUUCAGAUCUGAUGGUAAUGCGAUCAUAGUGGUCAGAUCCGACGCAUCGCAUGAAGCCAUGUCACUGCCACCGUCAUACAAAAAAGUAGCUCCAAGAUCCAACGGUGACUACUAGUAGAUCCGACGAUCCAAGAGAUGCCACAUCGCAGCCAUUGAGGCAUCAAAAGUAAUUGCUAAUCCAACAUGGCUAUCAUGGCAUCCGAGGCACACAAAUCCCGAUAAAGCAUGUGCAAAAGAAGCAAGAGCCGAUGGAUAUCUAAUAGUGAUUAUUGGGCCGCGUCCCCCUCUUCAGAGCAAAAUGACGGUGCGAGGAUCCAAUGAUCUUCAUCGAACCACGUGUCGUAGAAUACAUUUACAAAUAUCAAUUAUCAUCUACUAAAAUAGAUGAUAUCAAUUAUUCUCUCGCAUUGUAGAAGGGUAUAUGUUCAAAUAUUGAUUAUCAGCUGGUAAAAUAGAUAAUAUUGAUUACUAUUGUGUGAGAAAAUGAGAAAAUGCCAAAAAAAUAGAGAAAAAUUAGCAAAAUAUAGUAAAAAAUAGGAAGUCAAAAUAGAAAAUGUGAUUUGCAGAUCUGGGGUACAAAAAGGAGGAAGAGGGGAUAGAAAGGGAGCCUUUUCUGAGUUGUUCUUGAGAGAAAAUAUUGUUCUUCUUUCUCAUGCGAAAAUAGAAAUAUGAAGAGUGCAUCGUUGAUUUUGAUUAUUCCAUUCUACCCUUUUCACCUUAAAUUCAUUCUGCUGAAGUAGAUGCAAGACUGAGAAACACUACCUAGAGGUCGACAUCAAGCCAUUCAUUCUAAGGGAAUCUGAAGAGUGCAUUGCUGAUUUUGAUUGUUCUCUUCUACCUUUUUCACCUUAAAUCCAUUUUGUUGAACUAGAUGCAAGAUUGAGAAGUGCUACCCAAAGGUUGACAUCAAGCCAUGCAUUCUAAGGGUUGUAAGUUUGAUUUUUAAUAGAGUUUUUAUUUUUUUCUUAUUUAAUCUGUGAAAUAAUUUUAUUUUCUUACAUUUAAUUAUUUCUUUACUUGUUUUUCUUCUAUUUUUAUCAUUCCAAAGAAUAUUUAGUUUACUAAUUUUAAUUUAUUCAAUUUAUAAAUUUAUAUUUACAUUUAUUUAUUAUUUAUUUCCUUUAUUGCUUUGAAUAUCAAUUUAAUUCUUCUAAUCAAUUUUAUAAUUAUUUAAAUUAUAGAAUAAAAAAAUAUAUUUUAAAAGUCUUCCCUAAGGAGACGACCUAGCUCACCAGUAUAUCUAUUUAAUUUUUUUUUUUUGUGUUUCUGGUUCUAAAAAUUAUUAAAAUUGAUUGAUGAUUCUAAUGAUGACUUAGAACCACAUCAGUUGAACUGUGCAAUAGAGAAGAAAAUCUUACAAAAAGUGGUAAGGAUUAAUGGUAAAGAUUGGUCAAGAAAGUUAGAUGAAGCAUUAUGGGCUUAUAGAAUAG